AUGUUCUUCCUUCGUUCUCUUGUAAGUCUGGCGCUUACAGCUGCCAUUGCCGAAGCUUCACCAGUUGCUGCUUUAACUUCGAGGGCUGCGAACGGCUAUCAAAAUGCUGUGGCGAUAUACGGACGGAACUACCAGCCUCAGAAUCUGCCGGCUUCGCAGGUCACGCAGGUUCUCUACGCAUUCUUGAAUCUCCGCGCCUCAGGAGAGGUGAUUUCCGGGGACGCAUACUCGGAUCUGGAAAAAAGAUACCCAACCGACUCUUGGAACGAUAUCGGCACCAACGCAUACGGUUGUGUCAAGCAACUGUUUAUUCUCAAGAAGUCAAACCGCCGCAUGAAAACUCUGCUAAGUAUUGGGGGUUGGACUUGGUCUACCCAUUUCCCGGCGGCAGCGAGCACCGAGUCAGGAAGGAAACUUUUCGCCAAGUCAUCGGUCACAUUCAUGAAGGACUGGGGCUUUGACGGUAUCGAUAUUGACUGGGAGUAUCCCGCCGAUGCCACUCAGGCUGCAAACUUCAUCCUGCUGCUUCAAACCGUACGAGACGAGCUUGACGCCUAUGCUGCUAAACACGCCCCUGGUUACCGCUUUCUAUUGACGAUCGCUGCCCCAGCUGGGCCCCAGCACUACAAGAUUCUGGACCUUCGAAGCAUUUCAGCCGUGGUUGACAAGAUUUAUCUCAUGGCCUAUGACUAUGCCGGGUCCUGGGAUUCUAAUGCUGGACACCGGGCCAAUCUCUACCCGAACCCAGGCAACCCCGCUGCGACUCCGUUCUCCACCAACGCCGCGCUGACAGACUAUCUCGCGGCAGGCGUUCCAAGCUCAAAGAUAGUCAUGGGGAUGCCAAUAUAUGGCAGGGCUUUCGAGAAUACUGAUGGCCUCGGCCGCCCCUUCUCCGGCAUCGGACAAGGGUCUUGGGAGAACGGCGUCUGGGACUACAAAGACCUUCCCCGGCCGGGAGCCACUGAGCUCUACGACGACGUCGCUCAGGCUUCAUACAGCUACGACAACAAGAGCCGAAAGCUCAUCUCGUACGACACUGUCGACGUCAUCAAGAACAAAGUGUCGUACCUGAAGCAAAAGGGACUUGGCGGCUCGAUGUUUUGGGAGGCAAGCGGUGACAGGGUCGGUGAAGGUAGUUUGAUUUCCGCGAGUUUCCAGUCGCUGGGAGGAGCAGACGGACAAGAGUCGGUCAACAACAUGCUGAGCUACCCUGACAGUAAGUACGACAACAUUCGCGCUGGUCUUUCGUAA